CUAUUGUCAUCCUGCUUAAGUGCGCUACUUUGUUUACUACUAAAACAAAAAAACAAGUGUGCUUAUUUUCUAAAGUCAUCAGACAAAUACACACACACAUAUAUAUAUAUACUACGUGACAUUUACUGACUUACGCCAAAGCUCACAAAGCAUAAAAUGAAUAACUCGUGGCAGACCUUUAGAGGUCUGUCUCUCCUGUGCAUCUAUUUAAUCUUUUUAUGUUUAUUAAAAGGCACUUAUACUCAAACUGUGUCAAACCACGGUUUUGAUAAACUACCUAGCAAGUUUUUCUAUUUCAAAGAUUCCGAAGUUGUUUUAUGGCUCGAUGCAAAUUCCCACACUCUAUACCGUUCAGAAAACCAAGGAAAAGAAUGGAAUCAAGUGGAGGAUAUUGACAAAACAGCGACUUACUUAUACGAACAUCCCUAUGAUAAUGAUAGAGCUUAUGUAUUAAGUUCUGGUACAACACAUUGGAAGACAAUAGAUAAAGGAAGAACAUGGCAAGAGUUUCAUACUCGCAGCGAGUCUGGCUCAUCUUCUUCUCAUUUAUCAUUCCACGCUGAGCGCUCUGGAUACAUCUUAUUCAGUGGUGUCUCUUGUAAAUUUGGCUCUUGGUUAGGCAUUGAUUGUCAAACUUCUAUUUCUUAUACAUACGAUAACUUUGAUACAAUCAAUCCUUUACGUACUCAUGCGUCAUCAUGUAUCUGGAGUCGAUCAAGCGCAGAAUUUAAGAGUGCGCCCACAAGUGAAAUCAUGUGUGUUCAAUCAGCCUCAGGCAAAUCUACCAAUGGCCUGUCACUCCCAGACGACCUUCAGCUCGUUCGGUCCGAUGACUUUUUUCAUACUGAAAAGGUGGUUGACUUUGGACUAGGCAAGGAAAUGACUGGUGUGCUUGCAGUGAGUGCCGUUGGCCGCUUUAUUGUUGCUGCAGUAAAGCCGACGGAUCAGACGGAUAUGACGCUCUAUGUGACGCAUGAUGGCGAGCAUUGGCAUGAAACUAUCUUUCCCGAAGGUGCAGCAUUACACGAAAAAUCAUUCACAAUCAUUGAAAGUUCAAACCCUGCAUUGCUCGUGGACGUUCUUUCAGGAGAGGAUGCUCAAUUCGGUUCUCUCUACAAGUCCAACUCAAACGGUACUUUUUUUAGCAAGAGCCUCGAAAACACUAAUAGAAACAGUAUGGGGUAUAUCGAUAUUGAGCGUAUUCCAGGAGUCGAAGGUAUCUUGGUUGCAAACCAGAUUUUGAAUCCUCGACUUGUAGAGUCACAAUCUGUUCAGAGAGAGGUACGUACGCUCAUCAGUUUCGAUGAUGGUGGCAGUUGGAACGAAAUCACAAAGGUGAAGGAUAUGAAUGGUAAUAACAUGAAGUGCUAUGAUGACAAGUGUACGCUCAACUUACACUCUGUCACUUCCAACCGUAACUUUGGACAAGUUACUUCAUCACAGUCAGCGGUGGGUGUGCUUAUGGGCGUAGGCAAUUAUGGUCCAUACAUGUUGACCUAUGACGAAUGUGAUACGUUUCUGUCUACCGAUGGCGGUAUUAGCUGGAAAAUGGUUCGUGAAGGUGCACAUUUAUAUGAAUUUGGCGAUAUGGGAACAUUGAUUGUCUUGGCUGAUGAUGAAAAAGAAACGGAUCAUGUUUGGUGGAGUAAGGAUCGCGGAAACAACUGGCAAAAAUUAGGCCUUGGCAUGACAGUUCGUGCCAGAAUGUUGACGACUGACCCUGAAUCGACCUCACGCAAGUUUUUAUUAAUCGCAGGAUCGGUUCGAUCUGCUGUUUCGAAAGUACAGGCAUUUCAGCUUGAUUUUUCCAAUAUCUUCUCUCGUCAAUGCGUCCUAGAUACUCACAAUGAAGAAAAGAGCGAUUUUGAGAGAUGGUAUGCUCGUGAUAUUACUGAAGGUCCUGACUGCUUGAUGGGUCAUGAACAAAUCUUUUAUCGUCGUAAAGCUGACCGUGAUUGCUUCGUGGGUCGCGAAUUUCAGGAUCCUGAGACCGAGCUAAAGGAUUGCCCAUGUACAAGAGCCGAUUAUGAAUGCGAUUAUAACUUCGUACGUAAUGCAGAAGGAAGAUGCAUUCGUGCUGGUCCUGAUCGUAUCACGGCGGAUCAAUGUAGAUCUAAGGAUGACACUUAUGCUGCAUCUAGUGGAUACCGUCUUGUUCCCGGCAACACUUGUAUACAAAAGGACGGAGCACGUUUGGAUGAACCUGUCACGCGCAAGUGUAGCGAAAAUAUUGCGGGUAUUAUUCCAUCUCCCAAUGACCUGAAACCGGCUGAUGAAGAGAUCAAGCAUUAUCAGUUAUUUACUGGAAGCGAAAUCGAGCAGUUCUUGUACUUUAGAGAUUCUGAAUCUAUUCUGGUUCGACUUCAAGUAGGCGAGCUAUGGAGAUCUGGUAACCAAGGUGUGGACUGGGUUCGUGUUCUUGACAAUGAAGGCGUAAUCACCAAUGUGGUUCUCCAUGAGUUUGAUAAUCAACGUGCCUACGCUAUUUUGGAAGACAACAUCCAGUACACAGACGAUCAAGGCAAGACAUGGCAUCCUAUCAAGACGCCAUUAGCUCCCAGUGACCGCGUUGCUCAAACAUUGGAUUUCCAUCCUGGCCAAAAGGACUGGUUACUAUUUAUUGGAAAAUCAAGCAGCCCUAUGCCACAUAAUGAAGUAUACGUCUCGACAGACCAUGGCCGUAGCUGGACAGCGCUCGACUUCUAUGUUGAAAAAUGUAUAUUUGGACGUGAUGCUGAAUACAAGAUUGAGGAGGACGUUGUCUUUUGCUCAGCCUAUGAUAAGAAGCAAGUAGGCAGUGACCUCAGACUUGUCCGUAUCAACUUUAAACAGAACCAAAGCCGUGUCUAUUUCGAUAACAUUGUCGAAUUCUUUGUUGUUGAAGAUUUCAUGGCAGUGGCCUCCAGCAAUAAUGGAGAACUAGCCUUACAUGUAAGCAUAGAUGGCACAAAUUUUGCAGAGGCUCAGUUCCCUCCUGAUCAGCACAUCAACCGUGUCACCUUUACUGUAUUACAGUCAACAACACACGCUAUUUUACUAAACGUUUUCAAAUCUAUCGGCUUUGGCAAAUCUUUUGGUUCCUUGUACAAAUCGAAUGAAAACGGUACAUAUUACCACUUAUCACUCGACAACACAAACGGCGAUGGCACAGGCUACGUUGAUUUUGAAAAGUUCCAAAGCAUCGAUGGCACCAUAUUGGCCAACCAAGUCUGGAACGCAGAAGAGGUAACCUCUAACCCAGACAAACGAAAGAAAGUGAGAACAAUGAUCAGUUGGGACGAUGGUGGAUCAUGGCAACCUCUUUCUCCUCCACAUAACUUUGAUUGCGACAUGAAAGAGUGCAGUCUUAAUCUUCAUGGACGCACUGACAUCCAUGGGCCCGGUGCUAUCUUUUCCUCCUCAGGCGCUCCUGGCCUUGCUAUGGGCGUAGGUAAUGUCGGCCCCUCAUUGACAGAAUAUACCGAAAGUGACACUUUUCUAACACGCGAUGGUGGGCAUACUUGGACGCUUAUUCGUCAAGGAGAGCAUUUAUAUGAGUUUGGUGACCAAGGAUCGCUCUUGGUGCUUGUAUCGGACGAAGGGCCUACGAAUGAGCUCUUGUAUUCUUGGGAUCAAGGCGAAAACUGGCACACUUAUCAAUUUGCAGCAGAACCUAUUCGUGUGAGCACAUUGACGACAGAUCCCAAGUCAUCUACUCUCAAGUUUGUGCUUAUUGGUCACCAACGCCAAGGCUCGAGGUUCCCUGUGAUCGUCACUGUUGAUUUCACGGCUACAAAGCAACCCCAAUGUAUUCUCGACAAGAACAAUGAAGAUAGGAGUGACUUUGAACGCUGGGUGCCCAAAGAUGAUGAUGGUGACGAUGCAUGUCUUUUGGGUAAAAAGACAGCAUACUGGCGUCGCAAGAAAGAUCGCGUGUGUAAAGUAAACGCACAAUUCCAUGAACCAGAGGUCAUUGUCGAAAACUGUGAAUGCCGCGAGACUGACUUUGAGUGCGAUUUUGGCUUUUGGCGCAGUCUAAGGAACGAAUGCUUACCUAGCGGACAUCACCCUGACAGGCCUGCCCAGUGCAAGACAGGUGAAAAGUUCAAAGGCAGAUCAGGUUACAAGAAGAACGUAAAGAGCUCAUGCCGUGGAGGCAUCAACCUUGAAGAAGAUAAAGAAUGGGAUUGCGGUGAACGUGGCGGUAUCAUUUCCAGCGUUACUUCAUUCACAGAUCGCUUUGUAGAUUAUAUCUACUUUACUGAUACCGAUCGAGUGAUCGUCCGUACGAUGGAUGGCAAAGUCUGGGUGAGUGACAAUGAUGGUCUUAGCUGGAGAGAUCAGUUCCCUGAUCACAAGAUUAUAUCCAUGUUCCAAAACCCUCACUUUGAGCAACAUGCAUACUUCAUUACAGAAGGCACAACCCAUUUCAAAACAACAGACAAGGGAGCUAGCUUUGAUGAAAUGAAUGUACCCACUCGUCCUCUCUUGAACCUUCAAGGAACCAUCAUGAACUUCCACAAUGAUGAUGCCGACUAUUUAAUUUAUGUUGGUGAACGAGGAUGCAACGGUGACUCUGGCUCUGACUGUCACUCGGAAGCAUUCUAUUCUCAUGACAAUGGUCGUAGCUGGGAUUCACUUGGCACUUAUAUCCGCAGCUGUAUCUGGGGUAGAGAAGGCAACAUCACCAUUUCACAUCGUAAUGCUGUCUUUUGCGAGCAAUAUCGGGAGCAGUCCGGCAAUCAGAUGGCGUUGUUUGGAAGCCCACUUCAACUUGUUUCAUCUCAGAACUACUUCCAUGACAAGAAAACCUUGUUUGGAAACAUCGUUGGUGUUACAGUAUUCAGCAAUUAUAUGGUAGUUGCUGCUGCAAAGAACAAUGGUGCCAGUCUUGGUUUGCAUAUCAGUCUGGACGGCAAUACUUUUGCUGCUGCUUCCUUCCCUGCCAACUUUGACUUAUCGCCCGAGGCAUUUACCAUUAUGGAAUCAGUCAACUCUUUAUGGAUCCAUGUGACAACCAAUUCACAAAGAGGCAGUGAAUUCGGCACCAUUUUUACUUCCAAUUCAAAUGGAACGUAUUAUGUCGAUUCAUUGAAAAACGUAAACCGCAACGAGUUGGGAAUUGUUGAUUUUGAAAAAAUGCAAGGUAUUGAAGGCAUUGCCAUUGCCAAUGUCGUCACAAAUCCAGGACGAGCAAGCAGAGGCGACCGUAAAAUGCUGUCUACUUACAUCACAGCCGAUGCUGGUGGCCACUGGCAUCCUAUUCGAGCGCCCAAGAGAGACAGCGAAGGAAAAUCGUACAUGUGCUCAGACGAUGAGUGUGUCUUGAACUUGCACUGCUACUCUGAACGUCAAAAUUCUCGUGACUUGUUCAGUUCAUCAAGUGCAGUUGGUCUUAUGGUAGGCGUUGGUAAUGUCGGAGGACGUUUGCUGGAUUAUCGUAAUGGUGACAUGUUCUUGACUCGGGAUGCUGGUAAAACCUGGACCGAAAUAGCCAAAGGUGCUCAUCUUUGGGAGUUUGCUGACCAAGGUUCGCUCUUGAUCUUGGUGGAUAAUGAAUUGCCUACGAAUACCCUCAAGUAUACCACAAACGAAGGAAUGACGUGGAACACAUAUGAGUUCACCAGCAAGAGUGACAAGGUGAUCAUUGAAGACAUCAUCACACAACCAGAUGGAACAAGUCAAAAAUACGUUUUAUUGGGAUUAAAGAAUGGCAAAUCGGUUGCUUAUCAUGUCGACUUUAGCCCUCUUCGUCCAAACAAAUGCGUAUUGGAUGAGGAACGUCCCAAUGAUGAUGAUUUUGAGCUUUGGAGUCCUGAAGAUACGAGAGGUGAAAAGUGUUUAUUUGGUCGUGAAAUCGCGUAUUACCGUCGUAUCCGUGAUCAUGAUUGCUAUAUUGGUGAAAAAUUGGUUCAACCUAGAGAAAUUGUUCGAAACUGUCAAUGCACAGACGAAGAUUAUGAGUGUGAUUAUAACUACAUUCGAGAUUCAAACAACAAAUGUGUAUUGGUUCCAGGUUUAUCACCCUUGAUACCAACAUGCGAUGGCACAAGGGAUUACUAUUAUAUGCCUUCAGGAUACCGAAAGAUCGCAGCAUCAACAUGCGAAGGUGGUAAGGAGUUGGAUAAACUGGGAGAAAAGGUGAUGUGUCCAAGAGCGAAGGGAUCUGGUGGUUGGCUCGCGUUCAUUUUUAUGCCCAUUAUUGGAGCAGGUAUUAUCUUUGGCGUGCUUCAUUAUAGAAGGCGCGGAGGAUUUGGUCGUAUCCGUCUUCCGGACAGCACACAACAAAUGGGAUCCAACCUACUUUCUCAUCCCAUCCUUACUAAGAUUGUUGCUGCAGCAUUCGUGAUUCCAGUGGCCAUUAUUGGCAUUUUGUCUCGUAUUCCAAUUCCAAGGUCAUUCGCUGAUAUUACUGAUGCACUUGGUAACAUUCGUUUGCCUUUCUUGUCUAGUAGACGAAACGCAGGAUACUCUGCUUUAGGCCAAGAUGAACAAACCGACGUUCUAUUAGAAGAUUACGAUGGCUCAGAAGAGCAUUUAAUUGACGAAGCAGAUGAACUUGAUGACGCUGAUGAGUUCUAAAUGCUCAUAAAAUAGUUCACUUAUACAUACACACAUCAAUAAAAGCAGUUUAUGUAAAAAACAAGGAUUGUUUAUUAAAAACAUUUUAUACAGUAGACAUAAAGAAUCUAUAAA